AUGAAGAAGACGGUAGCUGAAAUUCUUUCAUAUGUCGCCCUAUGGGCUGUGGUUUCCUCUCUUGCAUAUGCCUCUGAUCCCAGUCCUCUUCAGGACUUCUGUGUUGCUGUCAAUGAUUCUAAAGCUGCUGUGUUUGUGAAUGGGAAAUUUUGCCAGGAUCCAAAGAUGGCCACGGCUAAUGAUUUUUUCUUCCCCGGGCUCAACGUACCUAGUAACACGUCUAAUAAACUCGGGUUCAUGGUCAAUCUAGUAACAGUUGCUCAAAUUGGUGGACUANGUCAACGAGGAAGUUGA